AUGGGUAACCACAAUUCACGGACUACUUCCCAUUCACCACACACAAAACGCAAAUCACUGCAGCCACAUCGAGACAAUUCCGCAUCACCCGUUAUGCACUCGGAACUUCGAAUCCGAAGUGAAUCGUUGGCACAUCCACAGCAGAGUCGACAUUCCGGCGAUCUGUCGAAUAGUCUAUUUUUGACGAAUAUUCCAAUGAAGUCGUCAAACGAUGGCUUAGUUACGUCUGGUGAAGCGCUCUCGAAAGGCAUGCGCUGA